AUGUCUGCAAUUUUGAACGGCAAUAGCGGGAGCCCCUCAAAUCUCGAGGAGCGGGUAAGGCUCCUCGAGGAAAAGGUUGCAGGCGCGGAGAGCGGUGGAGGUUAUGGCAUAGCCAGGCACAACUCAUUGGGCGACCAAGGCUCGGUAACGGACUCAACGGACUUCCAACACCCAACCCAAUUGACCAACAAGGACACGAUUCCAGAGGUGCGAAGAUGCAACUUUAUGCAGUUCAAGAAUCGCUUCACCGACGAGGAUGGCCGAUAUGCCAUCGACGUGCUCCUCUCUGGCGCCCUGCUCCAGCAGGAGAUGCAUGAGGAGCAACAGUUCCGCAAACACCGCUCAGGCAGUGCCACCGUGUCCUCCCGGUCAGGAAAGGCCAAGGACGCCGCGUUGAAGGCAAGGAACAUCCUCAACGCCAAAGCUGUGGAGACGGCCCAGUCUGAUGAUGUUUGGAUGCGUCGUGUCCGCAUUCAGUCGCCGGCGAUCCUUAAGAUCCUAUCCAACAUCCAAGGGGAGUCCUGGUCAUCCCGGCCGCGAACAUAUCUUCGCCCCUUUAUCACCAUAAUUUCCUUUCAGGCUGAGAUGAAGGGGGCCCUUCGAGAUCUGGAGAGUCGAUGGGGGCGCCAUCUCGACGGGGCUGCCACCCCGGCAUCCUUCAUCACAAAUGCCCAUUCGCCAGCUCCCACCGACGGCGGGGUGGAAGAAUCGGAAGAGUCUGUUGAUAACUGCCCUGAAGCACUGGCGGCAAUGCGAUGCUAUGUCAAAUUUGUCGAUGAAAAUAUCAUCCCAGAGUACACCCAGUGGGAUGGACUAAAGGCGUCUGACGACCCAAAAGUGCGAUUUUCUGAUCUUCACUACCUCUUCCGAACGGGGGAGCUCGUAUACCGACCGUAUGGGACCGAUACGUCGGGAAAAGGCAAUCCACAGGAUUGGAAACGCACGGGAAAGCGUCUUUGGCGAUGCUAUGGCCUGCGCUCGCGGGAUAUGGAUUACCGCGUCUGUCAUUCAGACCAUCGCAAGUACGACGUUCGCCAUGAUUCCGGUGAACAGGACGCAUCGUUCAUCGUCAGAGUGUAUUAUCUCGAAUACACCGGUGAAGAGUUUUGCACUGUGGUCACCAAAUUCGCCAUCCAGCCAUUCAAGGGUCUUCGACGAAUCCGGUCACUACCCGUCUACCCCCUUCGCUUUGGCCCAACCGAGCUAGACAAGUACCUUGCCGACGCCGCCGAGCUUGGAGACAAAACACUUGAGAACAUCGACAUCAAGCAUGUUUCUUAUGAUUCGUGGACCGUCACACGGACACCAAAGGGCGACGCGACCUGUGACGCCAACGGUGUAGAAAUGAAACACCCUGAGUAUAUCAAUAGCGACGUUAUGGUGGACUUCAACGAAUCAUUUCAAGCGUGCCCGCACUGGAAGCCGAAACGGGGCAUCCUCAAGCCAGAACCAGUCAAGCAACUGGUUGAUGUCGAGGUCGUUCCCGUCCGGACGGGUGUGAGCAAGUGGGAGCAGAACAAAUUCGUCUCGACGGACCCGUUACUUUCCCAGAUGAGUGAGAACCUCGCUAGGGGUCAACUUACAACUCGAGACUACCUCAGUCCCAUAGACAAGGGCUUGAUUGCGUGCCGUGUCUUUGGCUACGUCUUCCAGGACCGCAAGUUUGCACAGAUGGACAUCCAACAUAUAUCAGUCCAGGGACAUCUGAUGCAAAAGGCCGACGAGCGACGACAUGGCCAGGGGCAAGAGUCGCAGGACUUUAUCCGAGGUAAAGGCGCUGGCCUGUUCAUCCUGCUCCACGGUGUCCCCGGCGUCGGAAAGACGGCGACGGUAGAAGCCAUUGCCCAAACGCACAACAAGCCAUUGUUCAAGAUCACCUGCGGCGAUCUUAGCUUGACGCCCGAGCAGGUUGAGUCGUCGCUGGGGAGUAUCUUCAGACUGGCCAACUCGUGGGACUGUAUUCUGCUUAUGGAUGAGGUUGAUACCUUUUUCUCGCAGCGCUCAAAGGGAGACGCGGCAAUGACUAAAAAUGCAUUAGUUUCCGUUUUUCUCCGGAUCCUGGACUACUACACCGGGAUCCUCUUCAUGACAACCAACCGAGUGGGAGCGCUAGACGAAGCCUUUCGCUCGCGCAUUCACUACAAUAUCUUCUAUCCACCCCUCAGCCAACAGCAGGCGCGAGAGAUCUGGGAGAUUAAUCUUCGGAGACUGGGGCGCAUCGAUGCCGAGCACCAACGGAGAACAGGAAAACGGCCCCUGGAGAUUCCCGCCGAGGAGAUACUUCAGUUCGCCGAGGAGCACUUUACCAAUAACCGUGGUGGCGAUUCCGCGCAUUGGAACGGGCGUCAGAUCCGCAAUGCCUUCCAGAUCAGCGCUUCACUCAGGGUUCGAAUCCGACCGCGGCCCCUGCUUUUUUCCCAAAACAACCCUCUUGACCGCGCCUUGCCCUCAACCGCGCCCUCAAACGCGCCCUCAAACGCGUCCUCAACCGUGCCCUCAACCGUGCCCUCGCGGCUGAAGCUAUUCACAAUGCAUCGAUCCCGGUCUCGAAGCUCUACAACAAGCGUUGCUGCUACUACUCGGUCUCGAUCGCCCGGCUCGAGCCGUCAACCGUCGAUCUUCGCCCAGCUUCGGUCACGGCCUAUAUCCAUCGCAGAUCAGGUUACUGCCGCCCUCAACGCGGCCCCCGUCAUCGAGGGCUCCAUCCAAGACCUCCCUCGCAUCGUCUGGGCCAAUAAGCGUUACAUACUGGACUCUCAGGUCCAUAAGAAAAGCUCCCGCGGCCGUACAAGCUAG